AUGAGUCGUAAAGAAAAUUUAAAUAGAAGUAGUAGUAGUAAUAGUAUAGAAUUUAAUAGAGAUAGAGAUAGAGAUAGUAGUAAUAUCAGUAAUAGUAGUAAUAUAAAUUGUAAUAAUAGUAGUCAAACUCCACCUAUUCCACAACAUAAUAGUUUAAGUGGUAGGUCAAAGCAUUCGUCACCAAUACAUAGUUUAAAGAAAAAAGGUUCAUUAGUUAGACAAGGUAUUGAAGAUUUAUUUAGUUCACUUAGUGUGGAUACACAUUCAAGUAGUAAUAGUAAUAAUAAUAGUAGUAGUAAUAAUAAUAAUAAUAAUAAUAACCAUAAUAUUAAUAGUUCAUCGGAAUCAUCAACUCCUACAACACCAAGAUCAUCUUUUACACCUCAAGUUACAAUGAAUAGUAAUCAAAGUAGUGGUAAUAAUUCACCUCAGUUAUCAAGUAGAUCUAGUUCACAAUCAACUUUAAUACCCUCAAAUGAACCAACUAAAUCAUUGGCAAAAUUUUUUUUAUUAGCACAACAAGUUGAUUAUGUUGGUGAUUCAAGUUCAACUUUAUUACCAGUUGAAAAUUUAGGAUUAUUAAGUAUACAAUGGAAAACAUAUUUCACAAUUGGAUUGAAUUCAACUACUACUGGAUAUGACGUUUUAAAAUAUAUAUCAAUUAAAACUAAUAGAGAUUUAAAAUCAUUAACAUUGGCAGAUUCAGAUGGUAAAAUCAUUGAUAAUGAUUAUAUAUUAACUCAACAACGUUGUAAAAAAUUUGUUGUAGUUGAAGAUUUAAAUAUUGAUGAUUUAAAAAUGAAACAAUUAAAUCAUUUACAACAACUACCACCACCAUCACAACAACAAUUACCACCACCACAAUCACACCAACAACAAUUAUUGCAACAACAAUUACAACAAAGAUUACAAAAUCAAAAUCAAAAUCAAAAUAAUAAUUCAAAUUCAAAUUCAAAUUCAAGCUCAAGUUCAUCAUGUUCAACACCACAAUCUAUAGUAUCACAACAACAAAAAUUACAUCAAAUGCUAUUAAAUCAACAACAAAUUCAAUCAUCACAAAGUACGACACCAACUAAUUCAUCACAAAAAUCAUCACCAAAUAAAGUGACUGAUCAUCAACAUGUUGAGAAUUGUAAUUUUACAUCACCAUCACCAUCAUCACCCUCUUCACCAUCAUCACCAUCGAGUGGUAUGAUUUUGGAUGGAUUCAAUUUGGAUGGAAAUGGUGGUAGACCUACACCAUUAAUUAUAACACCAUCUUCUCCAUCAUCUAUGAGAAAGAAUCCACCUGCAAUUCCACCAAGAUCACCUUCAAGUUUUAGUGGUGGUAGUCCUUUAAAUAAUAUUUUAUUAAAUAAUACUGAAUUAAUUUCAGAACCUGUAACAACAACAACAACAACAACAACCACCACUUCAUCCUCAUCAUCAUUAUCAGUAACAACAACAAUUUCAAAUCCAAAUUAUACACAAAAUUUACCAACAACACCAUUAUCUAAUAGUAGUAGUAAUAAUAACAAUAAUGGAUCAUUUAUAACAUUACAAGAUACUACAAAUAAUAAAUCAAUUAUAAAUAAUAAUAGAGAAUCACCACCAGAAUCACCAAUGGGUAGUAGAAAAUCAUCAGGUAGUUCAAAUACAACAUCAUCUACUACUAAUACCACUACACCAUCAUCAUCAUCAUUAACAACAUCAUCAGGUAAAGAAAGUAGAGAUAGAGAUAGUAAAGAUAAAGAAAAAGAUUUAAUUGGUAGUGGUAAUAAUAAUAAUAAUAAUAAUAAUAAUAAUAAUAAUAAUAAUAAUAAUAAUAAAGUUGAAAAAGAAAAAGAGAAUUAUUGUAAAUUUUUAGACGCUGUAAAUAGUUUUAAUAUGGUUGGUAAUAAUGGUGUAUUAUUUAAUGGUGAAGCCAAUAGGAAUAUGAAGUUAACCAAUGCACAAGAGGAGAAAUGUAAGAUUUUAGAUAAUUAUUUCAAUCAUUAUUAUCAAGAGUUAUUUAAAUAUCUUCAUCAAAGACAUAGAAGAAUUAAGACCAUUGAGGAUUUCACUGUUGAAUCUAGAAUGGAUAGACAGGGUGCAGAACAAUGGAUGAAGAAACAAUUUGAAAAGGAGACUAAUUUCCUUAGGAAUAAAAGAGCCGGUAUGAAAUUAAAAGAAUUUAAAAUACUAACUCAAAUUGGUAAAGGCGGGUUUGGUCAAGUGUUUUUAGCACAGAAAAAAGAUACCGGUGAUAUUGUAACAUUAAAGAGAUUAAAGAAACAGACAGUGGAAUGGGCCAAUCAAAGAAAUCAAGUCUCUCAAGAAAAGAGUGUAAUGCUGGUAGAUAAUAAAUGGAUCACCAAAUUGUUGUAUAGUUUUCAAGAUGCAAAUUAUCUCUACUUGGCUAUGGAGUAUCAUUGUGGUGGCGAUUUUAGAGCAUUGUUAAAUAAUUUAGGUACACUCUCUGAGGAUGAGGCCAGAUUCUACAUGAUUGAAAUGAUAGAGGCAAUCUCUUCACUUCACGAGAUGGGUAUAGUUCAUAGGGAUUGCAAGCCUUCCAAUUUCGUAUUGGACAAGUUGGGUCAUAUCAAGUUAAUCGAUUUCGGUCUAUCCAAGGAAGGUAUUGAAAAGAGAAAUGGUUGGAAUAAGGCUACGAUGAAUGAAUUGAGAAAGAGUUGUCUAAGUGCCUCUUUCACUUCGAAUACAAUGAAAGCAGCCUCUGCCUAUCUAUCAGGUGGCACCAAUGUUAUGGCAUAUCGUCGUCCAAUUGCACAUUCUGCUGUUGGCUCACCGGAAUAUAUGUCACCCGAGAUUGUCAAUGAUCAAGGCUACGAUAUGACUUGUGACUAUUGGUCGUUGGGUUGUGUUUUCGUCGAGAUGCUUUGUGGCUUCAAUCCAUUCUGUGCAGAUACACCAAAUGACGUUUUCAUCAAUAUUCUACGUUGGAAGGAAACUUUGGAUUGGCCAUUAUUCACUCAAGAACUUUCGGUGGAGGCAGCUGAUCUACUAAAGAAUAUGUUGAUGGAGCAACCCCAUCGUUUAGGUGGUAAAGGGAAACAAGACUUUAAGAACCAUCCUUUCUUUAAAAAUCAUAAUUGGGAUGAAAUCGUAAAUGGUCAAGUGAAACCACCAUUCGUACCAAAGGUUGAGAGUGAUAUAGAUACCUCUUACUUUGAAGAUGCCGUUAAUAAUGAUUCCUCAACUUGGGAUAUCGAUGAUAACGAUUGUGGGGGUUAUGGUAGUGGUGGUUAUGGUGGUGGUGGUCCUCAAGCUAGAGAUCCUUUCAAUAAUUUAAAAAUACCCUUUUUCACCUAUAGAAAAUCUUCCGCCCUUAGUUUAAGUAUGAGUUCAGAAAUUGCUCAAAGUUUAAAUUAUAACAAUGGUAAUACUUAUUCAAACUAUACUAGUAAUAAUAAUAAUAAUAAUCUUCAUAAUAAUCAAAUUCACGAAAAAAAUGGUAAUAGUGGAUAUAAUCAUUUUCACUUUGAUUCAAUAGAACAACAAAAUCAAUAUCAACUUUCAUUGUUAUCACCAAAUUCAUCCGAUAAAUCGAUAGGCAUGAUUCAAUAUAUUAAAAAGUUUAGAUAUCAACAAUUACAACAACAAUUACAACAACACUUUCAACAACAAAAUCAUUUACAACAAUUAAAAUCAAAUCAUAGAAAAUCACCAACUAGACAAUUAAUUUCUUCACUUUUAUAUAAAGGUGAUGAUAAAACUUCAAUUUUACAAAAUUAUUCCUCACAAUCACAACCAUCUCUAGCUAAUCAAUUACAAUCAUCAUCAUCAUCACCAUCGCCUUCUUUACAGUCACAAUCACAAUCACCCUCUUUACAAUCAUCUUCAAAAUCAACUCCAAAUCUAUCCUCUUCUUUAUUAGAAAAUCCUGUAAAAGAAGAAUUAGAAUAUAAAAACCAAACUGAAAAUGAAGUUGAAAUUAAAAAAGAAAACGAAAGUGAGGAAAUUCAAUCAUUAAGAGAUCAAUUAAAAGAAAUUAUAAUUUAUGAAGAUUAUGACCAAGAAUAUAGUAUAUAG